CAGCACUCGCCACUCAGCACCACUGCCGCCGGACGAAUCAUCGACGCCGCCGCCACGAUCCGCGCUCCGUGUUCUUUCGGCAACGCUGUCGGCGCCAAUACGCACAUAGCGUCCACGGUCCACUCGGCACUCACCGUUGUAACGCGGACUCAGUCGGUCGUUGAUUCUACCGUCACUCUCUUACAUACGAAACCCCGCACGUACGCCGGUUGUAAUUAUACGCGUUUUAUAUACAUUUUUUUCUGACAGUAAAACCUUAAGGACCAAUUUUUUUUCGUAUACAUUUUUGAAAUUUUAAAAUCUACAUCGAACAAUAUGGCCGAAGAAAAUGCACCAGUGGCGGCGGCAGCAGCAGCCGUAGGCGACCAGCUGCAGGAGAAACCGGCGUCCGAGACCACCGUUGAACAGACGAAAGCUGAGGGCAAUGGCAAAGCUGCAGUGGCUGCAGUCGAGGAACCACCCAAGGCCGAGAUGAGAGCCGUCGUACUCACUGGGUUCGGCGGUCUCAAGUCCGUCAAGAUCCUGAAGAAGCCCGAACCGACUAUGGGCGAGGGUGAAGUCGUGAUCAGGGUAAAGGCGUGUGGUUUGAAUUUCCAAGAUUUAAUGGCCCGACAAGGUGUGAUCGAGUCUCUGCCUAAAGCUCCGUUCAUAUUGGGUUUUGAAUGCUCCGGUGUCAUCGAGCAAGUCGCAGAAGGUGUUGAGAAGUUCAAGGUCGGUGAUCGCGUCGUAGCGUUGCCCGAGUGGCGCGCGUGGUCCGAACUCGUAUCCGUGCCGGCCAAGAACGUGUUUGCCAUACCGGAUGGCCUGAACUACGUGGACGCCGCGGCCUUGGCCACCAACUACAUCGUUGCCUACGUGUUGCUGUUCGAGCUGGGCGCCGUCAAGCCCGGCAGCAGCCUGAUCCUGCACUCGGCCGGUGGCGGAGUGGGUCAAGCUGUAGCCCAACUUUGCAAAACUGUAGAUGUCACUGUAUUUGGUGUAGCAUCAAAAACUAAACAUGAAGCUUUAAAAGGAACCAUUGAUCAUCUUUUGGAACGUGGUAGUGAUUAUGCUGCUGAAGUUAGGAAGGUUUCUCCGGAAGGAGUGGAUCUCUUUUUGGACUGCGUUUGUGGUGAAGAAUGUAGCCGUGGAUACUCUCUUUUGAAACCUAUGGGCAAAUAUAUUUUGUUUGGUUCAUCCAACAUUGUCACGGGAGAAACGAAAAGUUUCUUUAGUGCUGCUAAAUCUUGGUGGCAAGUGGAUAAAAUUUCCCCAUUGAAAUUGUUUGAUGACAGUAAAACUCUAAUGGGAUUCAAUUUAAGGCGAGUGUUGUUCCACCAAAACCAAUCUGAAUAUGUGGCAAACAUUUUUGACAAAGUAAUUGGAUUAUGGAAGGAUGGAAAGGUUAAACCCGUUAUUGAUUCCACUUGGGCUUUUGAAGAUGUUGGUGAAGCUAUGCAAAAAAUGCAUGAUAGGAAAAAUAUUGGAAAAAUUGUGUUGGACCCAAGCUUGGAACCAAAACCAAAGCCAGCUACACCCGUCAAAGGAAAAUCAAAGAAUGCUGAUAAAGAAAAGGAAAAGAAAGAAGAAGAUUCUUCUGCUAAUGGCACUACAACUCCUGAAGCUUCAAGUCCUACAACUAAAGAGAAGGAGAAGGAAAAGGAAUCAAGUUGAAUGCACUAGUGAAAACAUCAUUCUCAAAAUUACUACCUACUUAUUUAAUAAUAAUAAUAAUAAAAUAAACUUCUCAUUAGCGCUUUUUUCCAGUCUUAUAUUACACUAAACAAUGAAAUAUCAAUUUUAGCCUUUUUAGCAAUAUUUUAAAUAUUUAUUUCAAUCAUUUAAGUAUUGACAAACUACCUUCAUUUAUACUUAGUCAAAUAAUAUUAUAUAAAAUACUAUAUUAUGGUUUUGAUUAAUGAUAUAAAUUGUUUUACCUAAUCAACAAUUUAUUACACUAGGCUAAUCUAUUACUAGUAAACAUGUACCAAAUAUUAUGUA